AUGGAACAUCGAAUGCAAAUUGCAACAACGCUAGGUACGUUACUGCUGUUGGUCAGUAGAGCACUUGGCGAAAAUGUCACCUCCAUCGUACCGCCGACCGUGCAAAGUAUGACGGAUGCGGUCCAUACAACGGCAGGUCUAAUACAUACGACCCAGCAGCACCAGUACCAGCUGUACACAACCUCGACCGUUCAGCUCAACACUCUUCCCACGGAGCAAACGGGCUCCUACACAAUUGCUCAACCGAGUGCGACCGUUGGAGGAUACUACACCACACCAACUAGCGAUAUAAUACCUUCACAACCGUCGCCUGUUUCGCCGCUGUACAUAUCAAACACGUCUGUGUCCUUUGCUUCCUCGACAACCCAAACAUCGGUGCGUCAAGAUCUAAUCGACAGCCUGCCCGUGGACGUUACGCAGAUCGAGGAAAAACAGCUUGGACCUGGAGGACCUAACCAGGUUGAAAGUGUUGGCAUACAGCGGGCCCUCUGCUGGUUGAGGGAGAAACGGUCGCCCGACUAUAGCUGGGGCAACGAUACGCACAUGGUGAUUCUGGCCAAAGAGCUGUCCGGUGCUCGCGAUCCAUCGGAAAACGACAAUCCUAUACAGGCGGUAUCGGAUCUGGAGAAUUUGCUGUCCAUCAAGCAGAUGGACAUUGAGGUGUUGACGAUGCUUGAUCGGCAUCAUGCCACGGCCAAGCUACCUCAUACGGACCACGUUGCCAAGUACAUCUUGGCGAUGGGCGGGCUCUGUAAGGAUGCGCGCCAUUUCUACGGACACGAUUUGGUGGCCGCUCUGGAACAUCACGAGCACGAUCAGGGGCAGGAGUAUGAGUUCGCCCUGACCGCCCUUGCCAUAUGUAGUUCGGCAACACAUGUGCGAAAGCGCCAGAUACGUCGCCUGUUGGAUAUAGCUAGUGGUGAGGUUAACGAUGUCGAUACGAUCGCCAUGGUGUUGUUGGCAUUACGAUGCAUCGUAACCGAUCAUCGGCAUCGUCAUUUGCAGCACUUCGUCCGCCGUCCAGCUCGUGGAUUGGCUAGCUUGCAAGGGCCACAGGGAAGCUUUGGUUCACUUCGAAGCACGGCGCUGGCUAUGCAAGCACUGCAAGACUUGGAACCAGAUCCGGCCGGCAAAUGGAAUCGUACUGCCGCGUCCGAGUGGCUGUUGGCCAAGCAACGUACCGACGGAGGCUGGACGGAGGAACCGCUGCAAGAUGGACAGGAUCCUAGCAUCGGCAUUGGACUAACGGCCGAUAUUGUGCUUGCCCUCGGUUGGCGUGGGUUGGGUGCAGUUCGGGCGCUACAAUGUGAUCAUGUGAUGCGUGAAUCGAACGAACCAUCGGAAAAUGGAGAACCCAAACUAGCUGCACCGGUAGGUCUCGGCAUAUCGCCCGUAGAAGAAAUGGAACCAAGAAAUGUCUCAUACACCUACACCCUAUGGGUGGGUACGAACGAAACGGAAGAGUAUUUCCUCGAUUUGACUUCACCGAAAAAUACCACCUUUUUCCGUGCCAUGAAGCAAGCGGCAGAAAUCGAUCCUAGGUUUGCUUUUGAAGCACGCGAAUGGCCCAACGGACACUAUGUGCACACGCUGGCUGGAAUGAAGGAGGAACCAAAAAGCUAUCACUAUUGGCUGCUUUAUCGCUUACCCGAAAGGCCGGAUACGAAAAAUCCUCCUGGAAAUCAGUUAAUAGCUCCACUAGGAGUCGAUGAGCUGUUAGUGGAAGAUGGUGAACAUUAUCUUUAUUGGUACAAGAAGCUAUAAACGUUGUUUUCCUUCAUCAAACCAAUACGAGCAGGAUAGUAAGCAAUAAGUGACCAUAAGCAACUUUAAUGCCGGCGAUAAUAGCAGCAAUAAAACGAAAGGCUACAAAUGUAAAAAAAAGAGAAGUAACAGCAAUCUUGCAGUAUCUCUUACUGUAGAGGGGGCUAGAUGAUGGCAGGAAGCUUUACCCAAGAUUAAAUGUGCACAACGCUACGCAUUCUCAUCAUCAACAGUGUUUCAGGUUUAUCCAACACAAUGUACGUUUCAUUUGCCACAUCACACUAGGCAGCACUUGGAAGGUCGCGUAUACAUACGCCGGCCGUGCAAUUUAUAUGUUUAGUACCUACUGCUCCAAACAUUCCCAUCAUUGCUCAACAGUACGAAGCGUGGUUUGAUAUAUACUUUCAAACUCAAGUUGAUUGAAAUUUAAGUAGCAAACAAUCCAACACUAGAAAGUACAGCUAACUACAAAGAUAAACGCCAACGGGACGCAGAACCUGAUAAGCAACAGUUUUCUCUCGCAGGAUACAAGGCAAGGCACGGAUGCGGGAGAGUAAGAGAGAUGAGAUAAAAUAAAUUGUGGACCAUCCGUAAACGAGUAUAGAAAGAGGGAAACUAUGGUAGGUGCGGUAUGAAGUACCAUCUUGCAAUAGCUAGACGGUUAGAUCAAGAUGUAAGCGUAUACAAACAAUUAUACAAAAUAUACAUAAAUAUCUAUAUACAAAAAACCGUAAAUGAAUAUAUACACAUAUACAUAUACAGUCAUAAAAUAUACACAUACGUACAUUGCAAAUGCCGAACCACCAUAGAGAACAAGCGUAGGGCAAAGGAGGAACGUGUAUGGCAGAGAGCAUGACCACCGUGCUUUUAAGGGUUCCACCCCAUUCGUGGAAAGGUGAGCGCUUUUGCAUAUUUUUUUUUCUAAAUCAGCUAAUCAGCAUGUUUAGUGACGUGAGUUAUUGCCCAAAAUAGCACCAGCAAGUGAUGCACUCCAAAUUGACAAUAAUUAAAGCAUAAAUAAAAAUGGAAGUAAGGUAAACGACAAAGACGACACGAAUUGUACGGAGUAGACGCAAAGCAGGACACGUAAUUGGGAAAAGGAUUUAGCUUAAGAAACAGUGAUCAGGCAAAAGGGAACAACGAUGUGUUGCAAACCGAGUCGAAAGUCAACAGUGUAUUGUAGCUGCGUAAGGGGUGAUUAUCCAACUAGGGAACGUUUCACAGAAUGCACACACCAAAUUCGGCACAAAUAGUUGAGGACACAGGUUUGAAAAUAACAGUGGAUGCGUUCGAUAGCCAUUUAUCUUUCCAUGCUCUCAUUUGGAUCUGCUAGCAUGUAGUAAUCAAGAAAAUCUGUAGUGUUAACCAAUGUAACAGUAGUGGCAUGCUCUAAAGACAAUAUAAUUUACAUACCAAUGGGACGCUGCUCAACUAGUGUUUAUAACGAAACUGUUACGCAUGUUAGUACAUUUCCCCGAUGUUGCAACGGGUUAAUGCCAUGAACACACAACAUGAACCAUAAACAUAAAUAUGUUGUUGCGUUAGAAAUUAAAUGAUAUAUUUUGCCAUUUCUAUGUGCAAACUAAUUUGAAACGCUGCUUAUUUGGACUUAUCCUAGCGCAUAACACUUAUCCUGUUUACAUGUACAUUCAGUACACCGGUAAACGGAGAAACACAUAAAGCCACAAAAGCCAAACGUAGGGUCCAUAAUGAUACUAAAUAAUAAAAAGAAACAUCCCACAGCAGUUGGAACGAAGAAGUUUUACGAGACACCCUUGCUGUAAUUUCGCAAAGGAGCAGCAGGCAGGGGACUAAUCAAGCAUAGCAUAGCGACCAUGCAUAGAGAUCAUGGUAACAAAUAAGCAACGCCACAAAUGAUAAUGAAAAAAAUAUUAGUAUUGUACUGUACACGUAUUGCUCCGCAUUCCUUAAAACUUAUUUCAUCAACAAUGCUAACUAUAUUGCAGUUAAUGAACCCAUAACCAUACCAGGAGACAGUAUCACAGCCUCCAACAAACGUUGGCCACAUUAUUUGUAUUUAGAUUUUGGAUUUAAACCUUAAUUAAGUUCGACUACUACAGUCUCAAAAACCCCACCAAUAACAGUGUGAAAGUAUGUAAAUCGUCCAUCUAGAAAAGGUACUAGUAUCAUAAAGAAAAUAAAACAAAGAAUAUCGCCUGCCUAUUAAAUUUAUUUUGUUGCCUAAUUACAGCAUACAA